UAUUAUUUUUUCCAUUGAAACAACAAAAAAUGAUUAGAAAAAAGCCGAUUUUUGACUAAAAAUAAUAUAGUGACUUUCGCUUUGUCCCUAAGAAUUUGACAGAGCCCCAAUGACAUUUGUUUUUAUUUAACCUUGGAAUUUGAGAUUGAAAAUUAAAAGUUCGCAGAAAAACAAGUGUGAUUUCUUCCGAAUUCGUGUUUAUUUCUUUUUAUCUCUUCCAUGUCUUAAUUUUAAGAAAUUAGGUUAGUAGAAAACAUGUCUGAUCAGUUGCCCCCAGUUGAAGAAAACCACACUGAAACUCCUCCAAUUAGAGAAGAUUUGGUGAACACAGCAAUAAAAUUCCUGGAGAAUCCUAACGUUAUUAAGACAUCAUUAGCAGAACAACAAAGAUUUUUAAGACGGAAGGGCUUAACUGAUGAAGAAAUCAGACAGGCGUGUGAGAAAUCGGGGGCUUAUAAAUACCAUGAACAAAGGAAUAGGACGCCGCCUUUACCUCCGAGUUCAGUUAUUCCGUAUUCAAAUAAUGCAACGUUCCAAAUUAGUUUAUUUGAUAAGAUAAAAGAAGUUGUACAUAAUGUAGCCGUUUUUAGUUUUGUAGCUUACGUCGUCUAUAAAUUUUACGUGAGAUUUAUAGCGCCAUUUUUCUUUGGAAAAAAGAAGAAAAGUGUAGAGGACUCGAUAGAAGAAUUAGAUAAAAGUUUUAAACAAUCUGUAAAUGAAUUACAAAACAAUUUACUUAGUGUCAAAGUGGAAGUAGAUAAAAUUAGUCAAGGGGCUGAAAGUAGUACUCAGAGGCAGUUAUCAGAUUUGAAAUCUGAAAUUGCCACAGUUAAGGGUCUUCUUCUGAGCCGUAAUCAAUUUCCACCGGUUUCCAAAAGUUCAGUUGUCCGUCCAUCAAUACCUGCAUGGCAGAAGACAAGUAUAAGUCAAGAUUCUGACGCCGAUUCAGACCCUGAAAGAAAAGCUGAAGAGUUAAUAGAAGUUGGAUCAGGGUCAGGGUCUUCAGAACACGAACAUGCAGCGAAAAAUAGUGAUUCUAGUCUAGAUAUAAUAUCUUUCUCAUCCAAAGAUAGUGAUUUUAGAAGACAUAAAUCCAAAGAUGUUGACGAUGAUGACGACGACGAUAAAGAUUAAUCUUCCAAAAAUGAUGCCAUUUAAUAAAGUAGAAUCACACUUGGUUAUUAGGUUUGCAUUUAGGUGACAAAUAGGAAUAAUUAGAAAAGAAGGGUCUAAAAUUUUAAUUUUAAUUUUUUGGUGAGAAAAUAUUUUAAGUCUGCCUUAAUGACUGUAAUAAAACACUGGAUUCUA